AUGCAAUCCCGCGUCAAGCUGACGCUAGUCGUCGUCCUUUGGGCGAGUGUCCUUCUCCACUCUGGUGCACUCGCCGCAACAGACUCCGGUCUGCCCGACUUCGAGCUGGACGACGGUAAGGACGAUGGUGGAGACGAUGACUACUACUACGUGAGCGAUGGUUCCGAUCAGCAAAUGCAACCGUCGCACAAAAUCAUCAGCUACGCUAAACCACCACCUGUCGAGGCAAGCCAGCCUGAGCGCCCGGACGAAACCGAACCGUUCCUGAUGGAGGACGACGACACCAGCUUCGAGCUGAUGGACGACGUUGACUUUGUCGAACACAGCUCGAUGGACUUCGUCCGCAAAGCAGAACGCAUGAAGCGCAUCAUGCUGAAGGCGUUCGCAAACCGCGAAUUCCAGCGCAAGUUCGGUGAGGUGCUGCCGCUGCUGAAGGUGAUGUCGAAGACGCAAAAGUCCACCCUGGCGGCGCUGAUAACGGCGCAGGUUAACUCACGCGACGGCCACACGCUAUCGCUCGAGCAGGUCAAAUCAAUGUUCGGUAACCGGCCUGAGCUGAUUCUGCCACUCGUCUACGACAUCGCGAACAUGAUCCGCACCGUUGCUAAAAAGGAGAGUCUCUUGUUCGAUCAGCAAGAUCAUCGGUUGGACAAGGACGACCAGGCGCUCCCGGACGACGAAGGUGUCCUGUCGAACCACUUGCUUCGGCGAAGCUUCAACGUACGCUCGGAACGGGUUCCACAAGGAUUCCGUGCCAAAGAGGGGGUCCCAACACCGGUCGUGUCACAUCUCAACGACGGCCGGUUAAUGGUUGAAGAACAGGACGAAGCCCAAGUACGACCCAUUGCGACCUCUGAAGGCGAACAACCCGCGGGUCGUUCGGCACGCAGCGAACCAGCACCGUUUUUCGAGAAACUCGUCCAAUCGCUGCCACGGUUUAACAUCCAACGAACGCAGGACAAACAGGACGAUCGUAUGUCGUACCACGAGCGGAAGCUUAACAUGACCGCGUUCAACUCGACCGGCACUCAGAAAGACCAGCUAGCGAUGGCUUCAGACGGGCCCAUCCCAGUUACGCUGCCAAAGGUCGCACCCAAACAAGCCGUUGCCCUUCAACCGUUGAAUGUCAGCACUGCGAAGCCUUCCGAGGAUGCCAACGCUGUCGUGGAACACCGAAUGACCCUGGAGGAGAUUGAAGAUCUCGCGUUUGCAGGCCUCAACGGCACCGAAGCCGACGGUUCGAUCGGACCGUUUUCUGGCACGUCCGGUAACGGAUCGACCGCAGGUGGCCCAGUGGCCGAACGACUCAUCGGUGGCCGGCAGCGACCUCAGAGUAUCCACGCGCUGCUACCCAGUGAAAACUGCGAGCACUUCUCGGGUGGUGUCUGUAUCCGGGUCGCCAACUAUCCCACCUCCGAGAUCAUGUACAGCAUUACGCGCCACCGGCACGCCAUCGGAGCCCUACUGGCCGAGUACAUCGACAAGGCAAACGCCCAGGACCGCACCGUCUACGAACCGGACGAGAUCGCGCAGGGCAUCAACACGAAGCUCAGAAAGCGCGAAGAUGACCCGUCCAAGUCCGGUGGCAGCAUGUGCCCGAGCAUCAUCCGUUAUGCUCGACCGCAGAAGGCACGCUCAGCAACCGGCGAGUGGAAAUACAUCGUCAACACGGGCGAACACACGCAAACUUUGCGGCUCGAGAAGUGCAGCACCCCACAGGACUCGUGCACCUAUCUAACGGACAACUUCCGGUCGCGAUGCGUGCAGAUUUAUAAUUACCACCGGCUGCUGAGUUGGGAUGCAUCACGUGGCCUACACGUGGAUAUCUUCAAAGUCCCGACGUGCUGCUCCUGUCACAUCGAUGGCUACCGGGAGACGUUCCCACCACUCACCAGCUACAACGACUUCAAGUCAAAGAUCCACGAGGACCCGAACGAGUCCGCCUCGACGUUGGUGCGCAACACGCAUCACUAUUCUACGCUCCAAUUCGAUCAGGUCGAUGAGGACGAACCAGAUGAUAACAUCGCGUACCAAUUCUCGAACGGCUUUCAGCGCGUAAAACCUCCAAAAUUCGAUGGCUCGUUGCAUUUGCCCGCAGUGCCACCACCACCUCCAGCACAAGCCCCGGGAAAAACCCGCUUCGGUCCCGCUCCCAAACAUCCGGCAGGACCUAAACCAAAACAUCCGCAUUUCAUCGCACCACCAACACUCGACACGUACCUGAGCCCACCGCCGAAUGAUCUCGCGUAUGGCAUCCCGUUCAAGCGAGGCCCACAUUACUCCACUGAGAACGCCCUAAAGCGAGCCGGCAAUGUUGGAGCACCCAACCGACGGCCCAUGCGCAAAACGGUCAAUCUGCACGGUGACCAAAGCCUCGCUGAAACUGAUGCCCGGCUCAACCAAGUGGCGGUAUUGCCACCGAUCAAGCACACCGAUCAGCACCAUCAACUGCCGCACCAAACGCAGGCACAAAAUAUCAUCGAAAAACAUCGCCGACGGCAGCAGACGACGGUGCAGCCACCGCUCACGACGCUACAGCAGCAACAGCAAACUCCCGGCAUAUUUCGGGUGCCUCAACACACCACCUCGGUGAUGACCUCGAUCAACCCGACGGUCCCACUAUCGACCGUACCGCAGCCUCCAAGCACGGCUGGCACAAGCACAACCACGGUCACGUCGACGAAUGGGCACCAGCGCAUCAACUACAAUUACCACCCGAUCAUCGACUUCUUCGAGGAGGUCGAGGAGGAGGAAACACCAGACGCCACACAGGAACAGAUCGACCGGAUCGGACUGAACAGCCACACGUCGCUUAACAGCUGGAAACCGGUGAUCACCGGUAGGCCACGGUUUCACUGAUGCCCCCAGAAAAGGGGAAGAACUUGCCCCACCAGGGAAUCGAACGAACGGGGAAAUACUCACUCGAUUUCAUCUCCGCCCUAGACAGCUAACUAAUUUAUAACUACACCUUACCGGCUAAGCAUAGACGUAAGCAGCUAACGAUUAAGCGAACCACCGCGAGCGAGGCCAAGGGCAGGACGUUACGGCGCAUUUGCAAGGGAAUUGAACCGCCCUCAUGUGAAUGUGUGCAUCUUCACCACACCUGCAUCCUGGCGGCGGCGGUGUCAA